AUGCUGAACGGAAGAAAAUGGGGGCAGCUCGUUCCCGCCAAACACCUAUUUGGCUAUGCCGUGGAAUACUCAUAUCGACAGUGCUGGUGCUCCAGGGAACCGAAGCUAAGCGAGCUUGGUCCCGAACCAGACCACGACGACUGCAACAUGCCGUGCAACGGUACCACCAUCGGUGAUCCGUGUGGAGGGAUACACAAGAUGAGUGUGUACGAGAUCACAACAUAUCAGGGCUGCGACAGCGAGGAGUUCGAUGUACCGUCUCAGCACGCUUCCUCAGAAGAUCAGCAGAUAAUGGGGCAACCCUGGGACUACCAGGAAACAUUCAACAGCUCAAGCUUCUUCAUAUCAAUCCAGAGCGGUGUCUCCUCUUUGACCAACGCGAGUUUUCCUGGGUCGUGCAAUGUGGAAGACGACCACAAGAAACUUCUAGCCCAGAUCGACGUCUGGGAACGUACCCAAAAAGGUGCACCGAGAAUAUUCUGCGGUAUCUACACGCACGAAAUGAACCACGCGACGAAAGUGAGGGUAGGUCAGCAGUGGACCCCUUGUUGAAUGGGGAGUGCUGGCAACGUUGCUCGUAGCGCCGCACAGAUAUGGUUGUCUUGUGAUUCACGUCUCCGCGCUCGGGCUUGUGAUGAGACGAUACUCCACUGUUGAUCUCUCCUGCAUCUAGAAACGAUACGAUCCAACCAAUAGAAAUUUAAUGUUGUGGUUGCUUUCACAUGACAAUUUUGAAGCGUUUUUCAAACGGCACGGCUAUUUGGGACAACGUUGUCCAAAUGUUUAUUUGGGACAACACGUCUAACUCGGCGUAGAAAGCUCGGAUCGACCUCAAACCAAGUUUGUUGUAAUCCUACUGGACACAGCUUUCACGGAAUGUAUUUUGAGUCCACAACGGAGCCGGGGCCGAGGAGAUAGAGCCUAAAAAAGGGGCUCCGUGGCUUCGGUAAAUCCACGUUUUCCUUCAUUACUCGGCCCAACCACCUCCGAAACACCCCCAAAGACCUUUGUUGUGCUUGUAUGAUCCACAGCUAUCAUCCAAGCCAUCGGGUGGCCUUACCCGACCUGUACAUGCGGAGAUAUGCCCUCCCAAGGGGCACCGCAGGAUUAUUGGGAGGUGUCCUGUACAUAUCCGCGUCGUUACAUCGAUGCCCACGCCCCGCCAAGAUGGGAAAGGGCCUGAGAUGAAGUUGACCGGCUCCCAGCUUUCAUUCAAGCCCUUACAUAGCCUCGACCGACAUGUGGUUGCCGAGAUACACCCUCGCAAGGGGGCACGGCGACCCCAACAGGGGUUGUCCCAAAGUUCCAAAUUUGGGACAACACCCCAUAUCGUCUCCCAAGCGUCUCGCCGGUAGCCGCAACAACUACCGCAGUCAUGCCACGGCUCCCAGCUUUCAUUCAAGCCAUCACAUCGCCUCGACCGGCACGUGGUUGCCGAGAUACACCCUCGCAAGGGGGCACGGCGACCCCAACAGGGGUUGUCCCAAAUUCCAAAUUUGGGACAACACCCCACAUCGUCUCCCAAGCGUCUCGCCGGCAGCCGCAACAACUACCGCAGUCAUGCCACGGCUCCCAGCUUUCAUUCAAGCCAUCACAUCGCCU